AUGGCUUGUCUCAACGACAAUUCAUUCGGUCCCGCGUGCGGCAACACCAAGAUCGAGAAUGUCUCGGCUUUCUACAAGGGGUCCAGUCUGGAGAACAGGUAUGAACUCGAUCUGAAAAGUCUCACCGUGGAGAUCCGUGCAGUGUCGCGCUUUGUGGUCGAACAGAGCGGCAAAUCGUCACUCGUCCUCCUGCUCCUCUGCCUGCUUGAUCAUAUGGAGGAGAGCGUUUCUCCCAUCACCGUCGACGAUCUUGAGCUCACCAGUGUCGCUCGCGAAACUGCUCGUAAACACGUCAUUGCUGUCUCGCAGGACCCCAUCUUACUCCCGCCUUCGCAAUACUCGGCCAUCCGCACCAACCUCGACCCAUAUCAGGAAGCCAAAGACGAAGGAAUCUACGAGGCGCUGCGACGCGUCACCUCAAAUUGCCCAUCUCCCCAAAGAACGGGGAUCUACACAAGGGUGUCGACGACCAUCGAUCUCCUCAGUCAAGGCCAACGACAACUCUUCAACUUCGCCCGUGCUAUCGUGCGUCAACUCGUCCGUGGUCGACAUGGUGUCUGGCAAGGCAUUUUGCUGCUUGACGAGAUAUUCUCGAGCGUGGACCAGGAGACGGACGAGAUGAAGUGGAAGAUUAUCGAGGAUUUCUUCGAGGAGUAG